UGGUUUCCAGGUUGAAGUCAGCCAAUAUGUUGAACCCCCUCGACAUAAUCACUGCUCUCUUUCUGUGCUCUGAUGGUUUUGUGCAGCAGGAAUUAGCUCUCAAAAUGUCCAUGUGUCAGUUUUCUGUGCCUCUGCUGCUUCCCGAUUGUGAUAAAAAUCAGAGCACAUUGAUGGUGUGGGCUUUGAGAGACACUGUUAAAAAAUACAGACCCAAAUCACUCUCUGAAUCCAAAGGUUUCAUUGAAGACAGAAUUGUUGUGUCUGAACUACCAAUGAUCUCUUUUGUGAGACUGGGUGAGUGCUCUUUGUCCAAGUCAGAGAUCCUCAACAAGCUCCUGAGCAGCUCUCAGCAGUACCAUGACACCUUUGUUCACCACAACAUGGACUGUGGAGACAGUCCACGAAGAAUAUCCAAUGGACUGACUGAGAUAACUUGGUACCUUCCUUGUGGCAAUGAAAACAUGGAUAUUUUCAGCCACCCAGUGGCUUUAGCUAACCUCAGAGGAGACAUUGCCUCUUUCCAAACAGAGUUCUCUUUUUUGUGUCAAACAUCUGCAGCAGUCUUUGUUUUCUUUGAUAAUCUCAACCCUGAGUGUAAACUACUGACCAACCUGCACAGCAAGUCAGAGAUAUUCUUAGUGGGAAACCACAAGAGCAGGAACUUUAAUCAAUCAAUCAAUCAAUCAAUUUAUUUUUGUAUAGCCCAGUAUCACAACAACAGUUGCCUCAGAGGGCUUCAAGAUGUUACAUUGGUCGGUAAAAGUAAAAACAGUGAAUAAGCAUAAUG